AUGCUGGAGCUCCAAGCGUACGGCAGUGGCAGCGACAGUGACGGUGAGCCUCAAAAUGACGCAGAGCCGACGGCGCUACACCUGCAACCCAUGGACACUUCGUUAAAAUCGAAAAUGGUUGCUCUCUGUGCUGCGCCUCAUGUCGUACCACUGGGUGCCAACGAUCCCCGCCCACUUGUCGAUAGGACCACUAAAGAAAUUUCAUUUAACCUUAAGUAUGAAGACCUGUUUGCUCCUGAACUGGGACCUCAAAAUCCCAAUCAAACUCAGCAGCAGAAAGCAGCAAGGAAUAUGUUGUCAGGGUUUGUGGAGGCUGCUCACAUGGAUGCUUUCCAGUUUGAGAAUCAGCGCCGAACAUUUACAAGCUAUGGUUAUGCAUUAGACCCCAGUGUAGAUGCAAACACUGUUGAAGGUGCCAAAUCCAUUGGCUCAGACUUAGCACUGCAGGAAGCUGGAGGUAAAACAGUGUUUGAAUCAACUAGCAAACGACCUCUGGAUAAACGGAAAAGAAAUAAGAAUGACAACCCAGAUGACAUAGAGGGGUUUUUGGGUCCUUGGGGCACCUAUGUUGAUGAAAAGAGAGUUAUGAAACCCAAUGAGGAAGAGUCUGCGGAACUAGAAGAGAUCUUGGCUAAAAGACAAAAGAAAGGAAAACAGAUUGAUGAAAGGCCUCUGGAAGAAAAGACAGUUCUACACAUCAAGGAACCUUUCGACUACCAAGGCCGUUCAUUUAUGCAUCCUCCUCAGGAUGUUGGGGUGAAUCUGAAAUCAGAAGUUCCCCCAGAUCGUUGCUUCUUGCCUAAGAAUCUUAUUCAUACAUGGGAAGGCCAUACAAAAGGAAUAUCUGCUAUCAGAUGGUUACCCAAAACAGCUCAUUUGCUGCUGUCUUGUAGUAUGGAUUGCAGAGUAAAGAUUUGGGAAGUUUACAAUGAUCGCCGUUGUGUCAGAACUUACUAUGGACAUCGCCAAGCUGUCCGUGAUAUUGCAUUCAACAACACUGGAACACAUUUCUUGUCUGCUGCUUAUGAUAGAUAUGUCAAAUUAUGGGAUACUGAAACCGGAGAGUGUGUAUCUCGAUUCACCAGCCGAAAAACCCCAUACUGCUGUAAAUUUCAUCCUGAUGAAGAUAAACAGCACCUGUUUGUUGCCGGAACGUCAGACAAGAAAAUCAUCUGUUGGGAUACACGUUCUGGAGAAAUUGUUCAGGAAUAUGAUCGGCACUUGGGCUCAGUUAAUACCAUUACUUUUGUUGAUGAAAACCGUCGCUUCGUUACGACUUCAGAUGACAAGAGUUUGAGAGUGUGGGAAUGGGACAUUCCUGUGGACAUGAAGUACAUUGCAGACCCCAGCAUGCACUCAAUGCCAGCAGUAACACUCUCCCCUAAUUACAAGUGGUUAGCCUGCCAGUCCAUGGACAACAAGAUUGUUGUUUUCUCUGCUCUGAACCGAUUCAAAAUGAAUAGGAAGAAGACUUUCUCUGGUCACAUGGUUGCAGGAUAUGCUUGCUCCAUUGACUUUUCACCUGAUAUGAGCUAUGUCAUUUCUGGAGAUGCCGAUGGGAAAGUUUAUGUAUGGGAUUGGAAGACAACCAAGCUUUUCAAGAAAUGGAAAGCUCAUGACGGUGUUUGUAUUUCAACUUUGUGGCAUCCUCAUGAGCCGAGUAAGGUUGUCUCUGCAGGCUGGGAUGGUGUUCUCAAAUUUUGGGAUUAGAUUUUCCUUUUUGUCAUAAUGAAAUAAUCUUACUGUAUAGCACUUAGGUACCUGAUACAUGUAAAUAAAGUAUUUUCAGUAUCAUAUUA